UCGUUUAAACACAUUGACGAGGCAAACACAGAAAGUCAAUUAAACAAUUAGGCGAAGCGCGCAGGAAAAGUUGAACAUAAAAUCCAAUUAGUCUAACACAUAAUGUCGCAGAUCUAUCAGUUAGCGGAGGUGGCACUGCGCAAUGGCAAACAGGGACAGCCCAGCUGGUUGAUAAUCAAAGGCAGCGUCUACGAUGUGAGCGGCUUUCUGGCGGAGCAUCCAGGUGGCGCAGACUUGUUGCUGGAAUAUGCAGGCAAGGAUGCCAGCAAGGCGUUUCAAGGCGCUGGACACUCGGCGGCUGCAGUGCGUGAUCUCAAGCAAUACAAAAUAGGUGAAGUGGCCAUAACGACGCAACCAGAAAGCGUCAGCAAGCAAACACUUGCUACAGAGUCGCCUAAGCAGACGUUGGACAAGUCUCAGAAAAGUUUUCUCUGCUGCUGUUGAUGAGCUCUGGUUGCC